CCAAGGUCAUGGCAGGGGAAGGGACCUAGUUCUGGCGUCAGAAAGUGGCCCUCUCCUCUCUCGGUUUAGACCCCGGAGGCGGCGCUAGCAGUAGUAAUCCAGUUGAGCGCCGUGCGAACUUCGAUUCUUCAACUCCAUCGAACUUCUCGAUUCAUCAGCUUCGGGGAACUUCGAUUCUUCGACUGCGAUUCGCCAACUCCUGCCAAGUGGCAGGCGGUAUGACAGUGUCCUGUGAAGCUUCCCAGCAAUCUCUGCCAUGUGGGGGAAAAGGUGCGAGGUGUAAUUGGCAUGGCGCCGCCAGGAAGGUAGUAGGUGUGAGAUGGAUUUUUGACACGACAACACCACCGGGAUCUCUGUGAAUUCUUGUCUGUCGACUCACUACUCCGUCCUUGUCAGCAGUUCUCUUCGUAAGUUACUUUAAAUUAGCGGAUUUCUUUCCCGUAAUGAGGUCGGUUGCGGUUUAGGAGGAGCAGGGGUAUUUCCUAUCUGAGGAAUUGCUGCAGGUACAUGUUUCUAUAGGUCGAGCUCCCGCGCUUUGCGGUAGCAGCCUGGAGGUGUGAACAACGAUUCGCCUGAACUAGUUAUAGCGUGCGACGGGAGACGCGUCGUCGCGACGGCAGCCUGCAAUGUGGUGGUCGAUCCCGAGGCAAAGUGAUGUCAACGGUAUCAUCCUCGAUUGAGUUAGCAGGUUUCUGAUUGCAGCUGUGGGCCAAAUUUUCCUACUAUUGGGUGCGCAUGGGACAGCAGAAGUGCUUGACCCGGCGCUUUGACGAAUGGUGUCUUUGGUGCAAGGUUCCGGUGACAGCUGCAUGCCAAAUUUCCCGACUAUCGGGUGGCCGAUUGACCAUGCAGCAGCGCAGACCCGGCUUCAGUGCAAGGCUCUGGUCUAAGCUGCAUGCCAAAUUUUCUGACAAUAGGGCCCAGAAGCGCUUGACCCGGCGCUUUGAAGAAUGGUGUCUUUGGUGCAAGGUUCUGGUAGCAGCCACUCUGCGCGCAGAAAAAAUUCAUCGGGUGGCCCAUCGACCAUGCAGAACCGCAGACCUGGCUCUUCGAAGAAUGGUGGCUUCGUUGCAAGGUUCUUGUUUAAGCUGCAUGCAAUUUUUUUCCUGACUAUAGGGUCCGGAAGCGCUUGACCCGGCGCUUUGAAGAAUGAUGGCUUUGGUGCAAGAAUCUCGUCGCAGCUGCACGCCAAAUUUUCCGGACAUGCGUGGCGAAUCGACCCCAUGCAGAAGCGCAGAGCCGGCUCUACGAAGAAUGGUGGCUUCAUUGCGAGGAAGUGGUUGCAGCUGCAUGCCAAAUUUUCUGUGUAUCAGACUCCUUGACCAAUCAGAAACGCUUGACCCGGUGCUUUGAAGAAUGGUGACUUUGGUGCUUUGAAAGGUUAUGGGCCCUCGACAUUUCUGAAUUCCUCUGGUGUUGUGAUCCAUCGUCAGUGCAUGCCUGUUGCCCGCCCAUGAGGCGGCUUGGUGUCCUCCAAAUCCCUGUGCUAUAGAAGGACUCUGUUGACCUUUGACACACCAAAUAACACGAAGUUCGAACUGUCGAGUCCCCGGAUGUCAUUGCGAGCCGUAGUACGGCGUGAUCCAAAUGUCCACCCCGCGAACCGCAUGUUAAGCUACGAGGCGAACCACAUGUUAAGCUACGAGGCGAACCACAUGUUAAGCUACGAAGCGAACCACAUGUUAAGCUACGAGGCUCACGGAUACCCGUAUAUGGACGUGGCGGUGGUCACUGGUAGCCGAAGCAAGCCCCUUCUUUGCUUGGAAGAUGAUCCACUCGUCUGGUCUUGUCGACGAAUGCUUCGCUUGGAGGAUGACCCGGCCGACUGUUCUCGUCGGCGAAUGUUUUCCACGCUGAGCCCCACCUUCCCGUAAGAGACGUGCCGUGUGAGGUGAACGGGGUCUCUUUGAGCUGUGUGCAGGGGCGGUGGAACAAUAUGGAGAAAGAGUUGCGGACCUGCAACAGGUCGUACCGCCUUGGUAAAGUCUCGGUCCUUUUUCUCUUCGAAAACGAGUCGCUGCCCUUGUUCUCGAUCCAGGCUUUCCCGGCCGAGCCCACUUUUUCUACAUGAGAUGUAGCGUCUCCCAUUCGAAACGAUUGCAUUGAAGAAGAAGAAUCAAUUUUCGUCACAACCUCUUUGCAAAGUUUUCAGUCUCCCAUCCCAGCGUAGACAAUGGAUGGCCAGUCAUCGUCUUAUAAUCCGAAGAUCUGGACGAUCUGUCUCUUGGACAGUUCUUGUGUCCCGAUCACAGAGGAAAGGGGUUUGGCCCUGGCUGGUCACGGACUCUAGCUGCUUUUCAUGUUGGUGAUGCUGAUGGGUUUGUGAAGGCCGUGAGUUUUUUUUCAGGCAUUAUUGCAAUCAGCGAUGCUGGUGAUGCAAUUUGUAGUAGUCGGCAAAAUGCGGGGUAAUGGCAAGCGAGAGAGCGCACACCGCUGUCAAAAGGUUUUGAGGUCUGUGAUUGGGACAACAUUGGAUUGGGAGAUGAUUGGUCGUCGGCAUGUUCUCGGACAUGGGUACACAGGACAGGAGGAUUCUUCGCCGGAUUCUUCGUUGUGUUGUGGCUCUGCUGAUUGGCAGUAGAAGUUCGAAAACGUUUUUGACUGCAAUGUGGUGAGGUUGGGGUGGAAUCAGGUCAGAUGGGGUUAUUUGCGGACACAAGUACGUGUAGGACGGUAUAUCAUGUGUGGUGGUCCUGGCGAGCAGAAGAUUGCGGCUCUAAGACUCUGAUAUGUACCAGAAGGAGGAGGAGGAGGAGGAGGAGGAGGAGGAGGAGGAAGGUGGUUCCCAGCGAGCAGAACAUUGCAGCGCCAAGGCUCUGAUAUGCACAAGUACGUGUAGGAUGGUAUAUCAUGUGUGGUGGUCCCGGCGAGCAGAAGAUUGCGAUUCUAAGACUCUGAUAUGUACCAGAAGGAGGAGGAGGAGGAGGAAGGUGGUUCCCAGCGAGCAGAACAUUGCAGCGCCAAGGCUCUGAUAUGUACCCGAAGAAGAAGGAGAAGAAGGCGCAACACUACGGACUAGACCCAUGACUGCCCGAGGCCACGGCAGCUGAACAUCCACGGCGAAUUCAUAUAUAGCCACGGGGCAAAAAAGUGGAAAGAAAGCAGGUUUUUUGUGUCCAGAAGAAGAAGAAGAAGAAGAAGAGGAGGAAGAAGAAGAAGAAGCAGAAGAAGAAGUAUGAAGUAGGUUGUGUUGCUGGCUAUGGAAGUGCAUCAGGGUAUCUAUGACGACAACUCGUCUGCUUGAUUCGUCUGGUCUAAAAAAAAUCGGUGUACCUGUGAAGACAUCUGCUGCAUUCUGUAUUGCAAAGACUAAGGCAAUAAGUGGUGGACGUCAUCACGAAACAGUUGAGCUCACAGGGCCAGACUGCUUCUUUGGAUUUCAAGUUUUUCGAGGGAGCCUUCACACCGGACGGAGCCGGCAUUCAUGUGAGUUCUACCUCAACAAUCGGGUGAGCGUCAGGCUGCUUCGUGGGAUUUCACGUGUAUGGAGUGAGCCUUUCAGAAGAGACGGAGCCUGCGUUUAUGUGAGUUCUACUUCAGGAAUUGCGCUCUGCACACUGACACGGGAGGAUGAAUCAGACUCUGCCUUCGCCAGCCGCUCCUCGCUUUCAGAUGCACGCAUUAGAGAGCAUUCCUAAUGUGUGAGGGAGAGAGCAUUCACAAAGAGUCGUCACAAUGUGGUUGUCAUCGGCCAUCUCAUCACGUAUGUCGGAGUUCGGCAGAGAGCAUUCACAAUGUGUGAGGGAGAAAGCGAGGACUGCGCCAUCUCAGCAAAUGUGUCGGACAGUCUGGGGAAUGGUCAGGUAGUCGGUUGUGUGUGUAUGUGUGUGUGUGUGGUGUGUGUGUGUGAGAGAGAGAGAGAGAGAGAGAGAGGGGGGGGGAGAGAGAGAGAGAGAGAGAGAGGGAGACGAUAAA